AUGAUCCUGGGAGUAACAGCGUCGAGUUCGCUGUGCGUCACAUGCGCGUCCAGUAUCGUCGCGUCGUCCUACGAUAACAUGGAGCGGCAGCUUAACAUUAGCAAGAGAGUCGCCAUUCUGGCACUCUCGCUCUACGUCGUGGGCUUGGGGCUCGGGCCUAUCUUCAUUGCGCCACUAUCAGAGUUCUUUGGACGUCGGCCCAUUUAUCUGGUUUCCUUCGGAGCUUUCUGCCUUCUAGGGCUUCCCGUCACGUUUGCGAAUAAUGUGGAGGUGCUCUUCAUCUUCCGCUUCAUCACGGGCUUUUGCGGUUCGGCGUUCCUGAGCGUGGCCGGUGGGACAGUGACAGAUCUGUAUCAGCCGCACAACGUCUACCUACCCAUGGCCAUCUACAGUGCUUCACCCUUUGCUGGCCCCGAGCUGGCCCCGCUGUACAGUGGUUUCGCGAAUUACUUCACCAAGUCAUUCCGAUGGUCAUUCGUGGUGAUAGCAAUCUGGUCCGCGAUUCAGUGGGUGCUCAUUCUGAUGUUUUUGCCAGAGACGUACGCGCCAAUGAUCCUCACGCAGCGUGCGCGCGCGCUCCGCAAAGAGACGGGCAAUGAUCUCUGGCGCUCGGAGCACGAGUGCAAGAACGCCGACCGAAGCCUUUGUCAGACGCUCGCAGUCAGCGUGAUGCGUGUUCCGCAGCUCCUAGUUCUCGAGCCGAUGCUUCUCCUGCUCUGCCUGUGGAGCGCCCUCUUGCUCGGCAUCAUUUACCUGCUUUUCGGAGCGUAUGCUGUCGUUUUCGUCGAAGGACGCGGCUUCAACGUGUGGCAGACUGGACUGACGUUCCUCGGCAUCUUUGUGGGUAUGGCAUUCGGGCUGGCAUCCAUGCCAUAUUGGUCCCGUCUCUACCACAAAGCAUGCGAAAAGAACGGAGGCGUCGCACCUCCUGAAGCUCGUCUACCACCGGCGAUGCCUGGCGCAUUCCUCACGGUCAUUGGACUCUUCACGUUCUCUUUCGUCACCUCCCCGCACGUGCAUUGGAUCGCCCCGGUGAUUGCCGGUGCGCCUUUUGGUGCCGGACUCAUCCUUAUCUUCAUCUCAGUAUUCUCCUUCACGGCUGAUGCAUAUCGACCGGUCGCGGCUUCAGCGAUGGCAUGCAACAGCGUCCUCCGCUCGUCCUUUGCUGCCGCCUUUCCGCUGUUUUCGACCCAGAUGUAUCACCGCCUCGGGACCAUGGGCGCCACGUGCUUGCUCGCAGGGCUGAAUGUGCUAAUGAUCCCGGUGCCAUUCUUGUUUUAUCGCUACGGCGCAGCCAUCCGAGCUAGAAGUCGGUUCACACUCUCGUAA